AUGCAUAUAGAAUUUGGCGAUACAUUACAAGAUCGAUCGUCAGCAGCUGAAAGUAAUAUUCAGAAUAGUGUUCCAAGCUCGACGAAAUCAAUUAUAACUAAUCCAUCAUUGAAGCAUGAAGGAACAAAGCUUCGAAAAUCGACAUCGAUGGGAAAUAACUUGUUAAUAACGGUUCAAAGUGUAACCAACAUGGCACUUGAAAACAUGGGAAUCGAAAAGAAGCUCGACGGACCAAUUUGGCCAGCCCCAUUUGAAGGUCUCAUGUCAACACUUUCGUUCAUAAUAACGUCUGGAAAUAUCUGGUUUUUUCCAUCGAUAUGUGCAUAUUACGGAGGCUGGUUCAUAUAUCAAUUCACGUUUUGCUUCAUCUUCAUAGGAGUUCCAUUGGUUUACUUGGAAAUGGCGCUAGGUCAAUUUGCGUCAGCUUCUCCACUUUCCGUCUUUUCACGGAUGGUACCAUCAAUGGCCGGUUUGUCAGCGGCAAUGUCAUUCCUACUAGUUUUUCGCUGCAUUUGUGUGGCAGUUUGGACCGUAUUCGAUAUGGUAAUUGUCACCUAUUCGGCAAGCGCCUUCUGGGCCAACGUUCCAUGGCAAAACUGCCAACCCCAUCAUUUAUUUUGUGUCGAUUACAAACAGGAGCAUUGCCGCUGGAAACCCGCCAACUAUUCGCGGAUAUGCGAUGCCUACCACCGAUCAGUAAUUGACACUCGUGGGAUUCUCGUGAGAAAAUCGCCGUUCAUCUCUUACGUAUUCGACGAACUAUUUAUCGACGAAAAUGUCAACAUACUACAAAUGCCUUCGCUUCAUCCAAUAAUCUGCACAGUUUUGCUUUGGGUGGCAGCUACGAUAGUCGCCAUCGGAGGCUCAAAAAUCAUUGGAAAAACUGCUGGCGGAACACUUGCACUUUUUGUAUGCUGCUUCACAACACUCUUUUUCACAGGAAUAACUUUCGAUGACUCGAAAAUUAUAUUGAAAACGUUUCUAAAUACAAACCACGAUUACUCGAAUAACUGGAUGUGGAUGUGGUCAUGGGCCGAUGCUGCAUCGCAUUCAUUGCGAGCGUUGAACGUGGGAUGCGGCGGAAUUCAAAAGAUGGCUUCUCUUAAUAGAUUCCACCACAAAUUCCAACGUGAUGUCAUUCUGGUCAGCAUAUUCGCAUACACGUUCUAUAUAGUUCUGACACUUUCGUCGUUUAUGUUCAUGGCGGAAUUUGGAUCAUUUUACUAUCCGUCAGAAAGCUAUUCACUUCGAAUUCAAACCUACGCAUCUCCGGUAGUCAUCGAAAGUGCCGUUUCGGAGGUCUAUUCAAGAUACCGGCUAGGAGGAAUUUUUGUUUUCUUUUUCUGGUUUUCAAUGGUUCUUUGUGGAAUACAAGGACUUGCUUCAUAUCUAUGGAUUCUGAGCUCAAUGCUUAUUGAACGAAUUAACGGAAGCCAACGAAAAUACGGAAGACCGUUGACAAGUUGGCAGAAGCGUGCGAUAAUCGUGAGCGGAAUGUCUUUAGGAGGUCUUAUAUCAUCCGUACCAUUUUUGGGCAUAGGUGGGUUCGAUUUGAUGAGCUCUGUGGAAACAUAUGCAUCAUACGGAACCCUAUUGGUUGCAUUUAUAGAAAUAGUCACUGUUGCUUAUAUUUAUGGAUUUAGGAGAUUCUGGGUAAAUAUUCGAACGAUGACCGGCAGCAAGGGAAUUUUCAAUAUUUACUGGUGGUUAAACUGGGUACUCGUCAGUCCAUUGAUACUCAUAGCAAUAUAUACACUAAUCCUGAUACGAUUUCACCAAAGGAGCGAAUUCUUUUCGAUUCGCGCUGCCGGCGUUGAAAUUCUUGGCUGGACGCUGGUGUUAAUCUCCAUCGUGUUCGUUCUUUUUUAUUUCAUUCGCGACCUUAUCGAGACCCGACUAAACAAGGAGCCCUUAUCAGCACUAUUUCGUGCAACAGGAGACUGGGGACCAGCAAACUUCGAAAAUCGCAAAGAGUCGGUUCGGCAAGAGCGAGCACUACGCGUACGAUGUUGA